UCUUCAAAAUGUACCAUUUACUGUUGGUAGUAUUUUUUUCAUUUCAAGUACUCUGCUCUAGCCAGAAACCUGAUUCGGCAAUCUCUUGUGUAUUCGACACUUUUGACCAAUUUUUUUUGUAUCCUCAGAUUAAUGGUAUUAAACAAAUUAUUUCUACUUAUAAUCAACGUAAUGAGAGGACCGUAGAAUCAAGCGUUAAGUUUAUAUUUUACUCUCGUGAGAAUCCAAAUGGACAAGAAGUUACUUUCAAUGAUGAGAACAGUUUAAAGGAAUGUCACUUUGAUCCAAAGAUACCAACAAAAAUAAUUACUCAUGGCUUCAAUGGAAACGGAAAUCAUGAUUCUUGUGUCGGACCCACGAAAGCUUUCUUGGAAAAUGGUAAUUUUAACAUUUUUAUCAUGGACUGGUAUAAACAUCAAACUGAGGGAUUUUGGUUUCCAAUAUACUGGGAAGUUGUAAAAAAAUUAAAUGAAGUCGGAUCCCAUUUGGCAAAAAUGAUAAAUUUCUUAGAAGAGCAUGGAAUGAAUCCUAACACUACAACUCUGAUUGGCCAUUCUCUUGGAUCUCACGUUGUUGGGAUCGCUGGGUAUAAUACUCGAUCCAAAGUAAACCAUAUCGUUGGAUUAGAUCCUGCAGAACCAUUUAUGAAGAAUAAAGGUCCAGGAGAACGGAUCUCAGAUCAAGAUGCAUACCACGUCGAAAUAAUUCACACAAAUAGUAAUCAUUGUGGAAUGCUAAAACCAUUGGGUCAUUAUGACUUUUAUCCCAAUGGUGGCAUAAAACAACCAGGUUGUACACAGAAUUCAUGUUCUCAUCGACGGGCUCAUGACUACUACACAGAAUCGAUUUAUAACUAUAAAGGCUUUUAUGGGAGACGCUGUCAUGAUGCGAAUAGAAUUGACAAAAAAAAUUGCAAUGGCCAAAUUGCUAUGAUGGGAGGAACAAAAAAUAGUUCUGUUCUUCCUGGUGUUUAUUAUGUUGAAACAAAUAGUAAACAUCCAUUUGCUCUAGGUAACUAAAGAUAAAUACAUAUCGUUUCAAGUCACAUGCUUAUUAACUGUUACUCAUGCGAAUUAUCUGUAAAGAUACUAUCAUAUGAAGUAAAAUAUUAUCACGAGUAUCUAAUAAUUUAAAUUAAUUUAACUUUAGUACAAUUGAAAUUUUACGCUAGUCAUGUCAUACUUGUGUGUUUAACAAAUUUUUAUAGUUUACACUCCGAUUUAAUUAGAUUUUAAACUUAAUAGAAUUCAUGUUUUUCAUACUAUCUUACAUAUGACGGAAAAAAGCCAAUAAUUUAAUCCUUCGAAAAUAAUUAAACUAAAAGUUCAGUAACAGACAAAAAAAAUUCCAGACUAUUUAAUUUAUUUUUUAUUUUAAAAUCCACCUUAAUGAAUUUGUUUAAAAAAAAAAGUUGGAUUAACGUCAAAUCCUAAUAUUAUAUCAAGUUUAUUUAUAUUCAAAUUGAAUUAUUUUAUUAUAAUAAAAUUUUACGAAUAUUUUCGAUGUAAAACAUAUCUUUAACACAGUAACAAACACAUUUUUUUUCUAUCCCUUAACAAAUUUCAUUUGAAUCAUUAUACUUGAAUUACGUUAUUUAAAAAAUAUUUUAUCUAAAUCACAGUCUCGCUGUGUUUACAGCUUGAACUCGU